CAAACCAGCAAGCGGCCCCAUUGCCUUCCCCUCGUCUUCGCACUCCACGAAGAAGAAAGUCAGCGCGGAAGACAGUUUGUACGGUGGCCUCUCUGGCUCAACGAGUAAUCACCACAGUGAUUAAUAAACCAGUUUUUAGUUGUUGCCCACAAAACAGCAACCGUGCCCCGCCGCGCCCCCACGCCCAGCGGCGCCGUCAUGUGGCAGGAGGCCCGCAAGCACGAGCGCAAGCUCCGUGGCAUGAUGGUCGACUACAAACGACGUGGCGAGCGCCGCCGAGAGUACUAUGAGAAGAUUAAAAAAGAUCCGGCCCAGUUCCUUCAAGUUCAUGGACGAGCCUACAAGAUUCACCUGGAUCCUGCUGUGGCUCUGGCGGCAGAAGCUCCAAUCAAUAUGAUGCCUUGGCAAGGUGACGCCAACAACAUGAUUGACAGGUUUGACGUGCGGGCUCAUCUUGACUACGUCCCCACCUACACACCUCCACUGAUCACCACACCAACACCAGAGCAGGAGAUGGAGGAGAGAAAGUGCAAUUAUGAGCGCUACAGAGGCCUGGUGCAGAACGACUUUGCCAACAUCUCAGAGGAGCAGUGUUUGUACCAGAUCUAUGUGGAUGAGCUCUAUGGUGGCCUACAGAAACCAAACGAGGAAGAGAAGAAAAAGCUGGCCGAGAAAAAGGUUGCUAUUGGUUACACAUACGAGGACAGCACUGUGACAGAACCUGACCCCGCCUCAGACAAAGAUGAUGACAAUUCGGAGAAUAGCGAGUCUGAAGAGGAUGAGGUCAUCCCAGAUAUUGAUGUAGAGGUUGACAUCGACGAGUUGAAUCAUGAGCAGGAGACGGAGCUCAACAAAACCGCUACUCCCUACGGAAUGGCUGAAGGAGACUUUGUCAGGAUGUUGAGGAAGGACAAAGAGGAGGUGGAGGCCAUCAAGCAUGCCAAGGCACUGGAGGCAGAGAAAGCCAUGUACUCUGGCCGUCGAUCUCGCCGACAAAGGCGAGAGUUCAGAGAGAAAAGACUAAAAGGACGACAAAUCAGCCCACCAAGCUACGCCAGGAGAGAUAGUCCAACAUAUGAUCCCUACAAACGGCCAGAGUCAGAAUCCAGCUCUGAGUCACGCUCGCGCUCUCGGACCCCCGGUCCAGAGAAGAUUACCUUCAUCACCAGCUUUGGAGGCAGCGACGACGAAGCGUCAGCGGCGGCACAAGCCACUGCCCCCCACGCCGGCCAUGGCUCCUCCAACGCGCACCACCCCGCAGGUCAUAGCAGGGGCUCCCGGAGACGAAGGUCCUCGUCCAGUCGUUCCCCUUCAUACUCUUCCUCCGACUCUUCAUCACGAUCCUCUUCAUCCAGCCGUUCACGCCGCGGAGUACGGCGAGGACGUGACGGCCGCCGUUCUCGGACUCACUCCCGCUUGAGACGACAUUCUCGGUCGUACUCGCGUGACCGAGGAGGCUCGCGUAGGAGACAUGAGCGGACGCGGUCGAGAUCGCGACCCAGAGAGCGAGCAAGAGAUGGGGAGAGGAGACGAUACUCUUCAAGGAGAAGGACGAGAUCCCGCUCCAGCUCACGGCAGGGGGGUUCCUCUCGGCGAAGUGUCCGGAGCAGCGGCGGUCACCGGCGGGCUGAAAGCGGCAGUGGCAGUCCCUCCCCAUCCCCCGGUCACCUCAACCACAGCCCUUCCCCUGACCAACGAGGACCCCCUCUUUCUGCUAACACAGUCACCGACAAACUAAGAAAGCCUGAAACAGCGGGUGGUAAAAAGACGGGAGCUGCCAAAUCCAAGCUGACCCCACAGGAGAAGCUCAAGCUCCGUAUGCAGAAGGCCCUCAACAGGCAGUCCAAGGCGGAUAAGAAAGCCGCCCAGGUGAAGAUCCAGCAGCAAGAGCACAAACGACAGGAACGAGAGGGAGAACUACGAGCCAUGGCACGCAAAAUACGCAUGAAGGAGCGUGAGCGACGUGAAAAAGAGCGGGAUGAAUGGGAGCGACAGUAUGGACGCCAGAGCAGCAACUCGCCCUCUCCCUCCAAAUAUGACCGAGAUUCCAGCUCAUCUCGAAGGAGGCAUCGGUCUCGGUCUCGGUCUCGCUCCAGGAGUCCUUACAGCAGAUACUGAGAUGAAAUAUGGGGCUAUCUUCUUGAAUAAUAAAUAAAUAAUAAAGCGGGACAUAGGACAGUGUGACUAUAGUUGACACACCAACACCUCAAACAUGUAUCUAUGUAACAUGUUACGUGUCUAGCCAAGGCAAGGCACAUGUGCAUAUGUCUGACUUGUUGACCUUGUCGUUAAUUCCUCCAAGCUUCUCCUAUUUGGCUUGAAAAGAUGCUGCAGGUUACUAAACUGGUUUGUUUUUUUGUUUGUUUUGUUUUUGCUUCAAACAUCCGCAUGCUACUGGUAUUUGAAUGCUACCCACACUCAUCAAGCACCGUUGACGUCUUCCUCGCCGGACAUUUUACACGUGAGAAUGUGUCAUCAUCAUCAUCAUCAUGCCAAUGACUUCCAAUGCCUCACUCACCAACUCCAAAAUCUCUUGUGGCAUGUCUGAAUAAAAUUGAUCAUGAAGCAAAGUGAAAUGUUGUAUUUAUUUUCUAAAAGCUGGAUUGACUUGAUUACAUUUUUUGACCUCAUGCUGGUGUUUCAUGUCGUCCUCUCCAAAUGUAUUGGAACAGCACGGUCAGUUCCUUUGUUUGUGUUGUAUGCUGAAGACAAAAUUCAGAAUUCCAGCUUUCAUUUCAUCAUGUUUACAUCUAGAUGUGUGAAACAACUCAGUGACAGAGCACCUUUUUUGUUCAAGUGAGCAAAUGUAUUGGAACAGACGGUGGCCUAAACCUUGCUUGGAAUAACUGCAUAAAGUCGUGAUCCAUUGACUUCACCAAACUGUCGCAUUCUUCAUCAGAAAUGCUUCUCCAGGCCAUUACGGCAGCCUCUUUCAGUUCCUGUUUGUGUCUGGGGGUUUCCCCCCUUCAGUUUCUUCUUCAGGAGGUAAAUCGCAUGCUCUAUUGGGUCACGGUUUGGUGAUUUGACCUGGCCAGUCCAAGACUUUCCACUUUUCCCUCUGAUGAAGUCCUUUGUUGUGUGGGCUGUGUGUUUUGGGGUCGUUGUCUUGUUUCAAAAUGAAGCUUCUGCAUUUUUCCGUGAACUGCCGGACAAAAUGGUUUUGUAGACUUCAGAAUGAAUUCUGCUGCUACCAUCAUGAGGCACUGUAAAUCAUCGCUAAAGAAUAGUGAGCCUGUUCCAGAAGCAGCUUUCUUCUCUCAAAAUCUUUUGGGAACAGUGGAAUGUGAUAUUUUCACCCCUGCCCUGUGGAGGGUUGGCAGUGAUGUCACAGAUUGUUGUCUUGCGGGGUUUCUUCGUAUCGCUCACAAUGUUUCUGUCAUCAGCUGCUGUUCAUACCCUUAGCUGACCUGUUCAGUGUCAGUUGCUCAGCACACCAACAGUUUCUUCUUUUUCAAGACGUUCCAAGUUGUCGGAUCGGCUAUGCUAAACUUGCUGUUCCAAUACUUUUGGAGGGGACUUUGUCUCGCCCCCCCCCAUGAAAUAAUGAAAAUAAUUGAUUCCGCAGUCAAACUGUAACAUUUAAGAA